AUGAAUUAAGUUGAUAAUAAUAAUAAUUAAUUUUAAAUAAAAAAUAAUAUAAUUUAGUGCAUCUAAAGGAUUGCAUUUAUUCAAAAGCCGGAGUUAUUUAUAUAUAAUAAGAUCAUCCAUCUACUUAAUUUUCUACUUAAAGCUAAGUCGAGAACAUUAUUAAUAUUUAGUAGAUUUUAGAAUUUCGAAUUUAUUAAUAAGUUAAGCAAGAAAGACACUUUACUUGUUGAGGUUAACUAUAUAAAUAGACAAAGCAUAAAGUAGCUACUUGAUAAUUAAACAAACAAGUCAGAAAAAUAUGCUGCAAAAUAAAGGUAAAAGAAUCUAGCAAAAAAUACGUAAUAGACAACUACUAAAGUAAAUUAAUUUAUUCAAUCAAUCGAUUAAUAUUUAUCUUAAUUUUUAGAAUCACUUCCUUCCUACUCUUUUUCCAUGGAAGUUUUAAUGUGGUUAAUCAAACAGAUAAAAAGCAUUAAUAAAUCAAAUUUUUCAAAAACUUAAAAAGUUCUAUAAAAAUGA